CAUUGUUCUAUCUGUGAUAGUACUUCACAGUUCCUGUUGGUCGGAGUCAAAAGUUAGUCCGGCCCUGUCUGUGGUCUAUAUUUAGUAUUUUAACCGGGAACAUUUGCCGUUUAUUAGCUCUAGGGCUAUGUUACGUGUAUUUUGGACGCGUAACAUUAUGUUUUAGUACAGUGAAUCGCCAUAAAUGAGGCAAACAGGUGAAUUUAGUAGGCCAGAGGUUUCAAAACAAGAUCGCCUCGGAACAGAAAGCUUGGUCUUGGUCUGGCAACAUUCUAGUAGCCAUUGACGUCAGACUUUGAACUGUGACCCGGAACCUGUACACCCGAGGUCCUCCAGGAUGGCUGGGCAAGGCACUGACGAGAUGGAGCAUGAUGGAGGGGAAACUAUAUCAGAUGUCAGUUUUCCCUUGGGAGAGGGUGUGUCUGGCCGCGGAAGAAGUACAACCUCUAUGUCUGAGGGAGAGGAGGAUUUCUAUGUGCCUGAGAGGAGACCCUCCCUGGACCUGGGAGAUGGCCUGAGACCUAUGGACACUACUCACUGGCAUGAUGUGGAAAGGGCUCAAUCCCCGGUCCACAGCUACAAUUCCGUAAACAGUGAUACCCAAUUCUGGCCAUCUGAUGAAGAAACUGAGCUGUCUGCUACUAGAGUCCAGCUGGAAAGAAAAGAGUCUUACUCCAGUGGCUACUCCGUGGACAGUGAUGACUGUGAGACCAGAACCAGGAAGUCUCAAGGGGCUCCACCUAAAGAAGAGGGUCCUGCAGUGGAACUUCCAAGACCAGAGCUGAUCAAAAACCCAGACGAGAAGAGGCACCCUGCCCUGACAGUAGACUUCACUUUCAAGGCCAUCAGGAAGACACUGGAGAAACUGGGGAAGGAUGAUUUCAGGACAUUUAAGUUCACGCUGUGGAAGCGUUACCCAGAGUCAUUCAGCUCUCCUCCCCAGGGCAUGGACAUGGUGGACCUGGUGGAUAGACUGCUGGAGAUUUAUGACCUAGAGGUGGCCCUGCAGCUCACCAAGGCCCUGCUGAAGGACAUGGGCCUCAAACGCCUGGAUGCCUACCUCACGGACCUCUGCAAGAAAAAUGAGGUGCGUUAUGAGCUGAGAGACACUCUGUUGAGGAAGUAUAGCUGGAUGUGUGAGGGCUUUGCCCAGCAGGGAGAGCAUAAGGCCUUUGACAGUAUCUUUAAUGAGCUCUACAUAACAGACAGAGGCAAUGCUGGGCCCAACAUCGAGCACGAGGUCAGAAAGAUCGACAAGCUGUCCACCAAUCGCAAGGAAGAGAAGCGUAUCACCUGUAGCCAGAUCUUUGACCCCAAUGUGAUCUAUGAGAAGCAUGUGAGCCAUAUAGUGACCAACGGCAUCGCCGGGGUAGGGAAGUCUGUGGCCGUGCAGAAGUUCAUCAUGGACUGGGCAGAGGAGCGCGAGCACAAUCAUGUCUACUUCCUGUUCCCACUGCCCUUCAAAGAGCUCAACCUCAUGCUGAACCUGAAGAUCAGCCUCCUGGAGAUCGUCCACACUCUCUACCCCGAGACCAAGGUGCUGCCCACCUUCGAGUGCGACGAAGGCAAGGUCAUGUUCAUCUGUGACGGGCUGGACGAGUAUGCACAUUCCCUGGACUUCCACCGCACUGAGACUUGGUGUGACAGCACUGAACCAGCCGCCAUGCACGUGGUGGUAACCAACCUGAUUAGGGGCAACCUGCUCCCCUCGUCUCUCGUCUGGAUCAUCUCCCGCCCCCUCACCUCCAGUCGGCUGCCCCCAGAGUCUGUGCACCAGGUGCUGGAGGUCCGUGGCUUCAACAACGAACAGAAGGAAGAGUACUUCAGGAGGAGAUUUCAGGACCCGGCUCAGGCUGAUAAGGUGAUUGCCCACCUGACCUCCUGCAAGACCCUCCACAUCAUGUGCCAUCUGCCCAUGUUCUGCUGUGUGGUGUGGGAGGUUUUCCAGCGCACGUUUAGGGAAAAGGGGCCGGAUGCAGAGCUGCCCAAGGGGCUGACCCUGAUGUACACUCACCUGCUGCUGGUGCACCUGCAUGUGCGUGGUGCCAGGGGCUCAGCCUCCCGCACCCCGGAAGAGGAGAGGGAAUUCCUGAUGAACCUGGGCAAGCUAGCCUUUACGAUGCUGGAGAAAAACCAGAUGGUCAUUGACAAGGCCGCCUGGAAGGACUGCGGGGUGGAUGUCGCUGAGGCUGUCACCAAGAGCGGCCUGUGCAUUGAGUUCCUGAUCGAGCAGUUUGUCAUGUACCAGGAGAGGAUCCAGACCUUCAUCCACCCCACCAUCCAAGAAUACCUGGCUGCCCUCUACGUGUUCCUCACCUGGAGGUGUACGGGGCAGAACGUCCUGCAGCAGCCACGGAAUAGCAAGUUCUCACGCAUGUUCAAGGACCCCGGGCUGCUGGACAUGCACCGUAGUGCUAUUGAGAGAAGCUUACAGAGCCCCGAUGGAAACCUGGAUGUCUUCCUGCGCUUCCUGUUGGGCAUGGCCCAGACGGCCAAUCAGGAGCUGCUACAACGCUUCCUACCCGAUAAGAACAAAUGCUCGUCGGCCUCUGAGGAGACAGCCGCCAUUAUCAGGAAGAAGAUUAAAGAGAACCACCACCCUGACAGGAACGCCAACCUGCAGUGCUGCCUGGACGAGCUUGGUGUUAGUGCUGAAGCUCCCAGAAGGAGCCGCUCGAACUCUGUGAAGAACCAAUGACUGACUAUACUCUGACUACAGUAUGUAUAAAGAUGUAUAUAUUAGGUUUGAAAUAUGGGUUGUAUAGUUAGACACACUUUUAUAAGGGAAUUGGGGAAGAAAGAUAUGGAUACUUCAGGGUUGCUUUGUGACAAUACUCAACUGUGGUAGUAAGUGGAAAUAUGUAAUGAGAAAAGUAGCCACAAGGUGGCAGGAGCAUUACACUACUAUACUACUGAGACACAGGCAGUAAGUCACUCAGCUGCUGUGAGGGGUUAUAAAGAGUAAAGGGGAUGUGACAAAUUACAUAUUUAUAGGCAGUCACAUGUAUUGACUAUACUUAUUAUAACAUUGACGUUUUACACCAGGUAUGUGCAACUGAUGGGGGGUGGGGGUCACAAAAUCUUACCUCACGACAAGCCGCAGUAGCGCGCAGGUCUGUGUACCCACAGCCAUACCCACACAUGCAGUUAGAGCCGACCCCAAGCCUUUUGCGGGCAAAACAUUUUAGUGGCCCCCUCGACAAGGAAGAGAAACAAUUAAAUUUCCUGCAAUUCUACACAUUUUGCCAUGGGGCUUAGAGCAAAUGUUAGCAGUUUUUUUAUAUGAUAUCUGAGUGAGAGUUACUAACAAAAUCAAUAGGGGCCCCUGGGUGGUAAUUUGACCAUGAUUACUACAACUUCAGAUAGCUGGCUAGACUUACUUACCAAUCUAAUUAAGUGACUGACAAGAGACAUUUCAGAUGCACAACCAAAUUUCAAAAUUGCACCUUGGGUCAAUUCCAUUUAAAUUCAGAAAGUAAACACAAUUCCACAUUGAAAAGCAUUAGAAGAUAAUUGGAGUUGGAAUUUCAUUGUACUUCCUGAAUUGAAAUGGAAUUGACCGCACCUUGUGUAUUCUACUAUUCUAACUCUCAACAGCAAGUUGAGAUCCCGACUGAGUUCCUAAAAAAAAUCAAUAAUACAAAAACAUUUGGAAAUUGAUUCGCAGGCCUACAGAAGGGGGGCCUCCCAGCUGUACACAAUGGUGAGCUGAUAUAAAUGAAUUCAGUGUUUUAUAUGUGCUUACAAGGUGCACACAAAUGACAUGAUGCAACCUUAUUUGCCAUGGCUGUCUACUUCCAGAACAGUUGUGGUCUCACUGUCAAAUAAAACACAAUUGAAUCAAUUUCUAACAGAUGUGAAAAAAUAAGGGCAGAUGAAGAGAAGUUCCCUCCGAACUAAAUUCUUUAAUCUAGGUUACAGAGUCCGUGGCAAAAAAAGUCAACAAUAAUGUAUUUAUCUAUCCCUAUUAUAUGAGUCCUCAAGAUCGCAUUAGAAUCCAUAUUUGACUAUUAUCACUAGAUGGAGCAAUAGAAAUGCUCCGUGGUACAAAAAGUACACAAUUAUCAUACUUGAGUAACUUUCUAUUAAAAGGUAAAAGUCAGCCAGUAAAAACUACCUGAGUAAAAGUCUCAAAGUAUUUGGUUUUAAAUCUACUUAAGUAUCAAAAGUAAAUGUAAUUGCUAAAAUAUACUUAAGUAUCAAAAGGUAAAAGUAUAAAUCAUUUAAAAUUCCUUAUAUUAAGCAAAGCAGACAGCACCAUUUUCUUGUUUUUAAAAUGUAUGGAUAGCCUGGUGCACACUCAGACAUUAUUUACGAAAGUUGCAUGUGUUUAUUGAGUCCGCCAGGCCAGAGGCAGUAGGGAUGACCACAUGUUCUCUUUAAGUGCUUGAAUUUGACCAUUUUCCUGUCCUGCUGAGCAUUCAAAAUGUAACAAGUACUUUUGGUUUUCAGGGAAAAUGUAUGGAGUAAAAAGUACAAUAUUUUCUUUAGGAAUGUAGGGAAGUAAACGUCAAAUAUAAAUAGUAAAGUACAGAUACCCCAAAACAGUACCCCUUUAAUAAAGUAUUUUUCUUAAACAUGAACACCACACAAAGGGUUUUGUUAUUCAGCCAAUGUUUGCAGGUCUGAUGGACCCACAACAUUACUGGGUUAAAACACAGCCAUAACAAUUUGUAAAAAUACUUAGUAGACAGCAUACAUGGUUAACAUUUGCCAUUUACCUCUGCUAGAUCACACUUAUCAUUAAAAGCGUAAUUCGUUUUUUAUAUAUUAAAUAGUGAUUUUUGUAAAUAAAAAAUAAAUUAUCAAGACAUGGGUGGAAUAAAUCAUGUUGAUCUUGAACAAAUAA